AUGUUCACAUACUUCCAAUCUGCUGUGGGCGCGUUCCUGCUCCACAUUGCAACAUCCACACAGCUUUACGGCAAUGGUAAGGUCUUUGGAUGCUCCUCCAUGCUUUACAACACAUUUGCAUCUCCAUCUAUCUUCAACCUCCCCGCUGUUGCAGGUAUCGUUUCUUCUGUCGUUGCUGUUGCUAAACUUCUCCCUCAAUAUCUCCCCUCUUACGACAAUGUCCGUGCAAUUGCUCCCGUCUUUGGUUCUUACUCCGCCACUCUUCUUCUCUCUGGCUUCCUAACUGGUGCAGGCACUCACCUCGGCUCUGGAUGCACCUCCGGACAUAUGCUUUGUGGCCUUGCAAGACUCUCUGUUCGCUCUCUCGUUGCUACUGCCACCUUUUCACUCGUUGGCAUGAUCACACAAGCAAUUUUUCACACUGCACCUGCAUGCGUGGGCGGUCCCUGUCACGAGAUUGCAAAUCCGGCUCCUACUGAAGUUAAAGUUUUGCUUGCCCUUCUUGCCGUCAUCUACACAACUUCACUUGCCAUUAAAAAAUUUGCAUCCAAAUCAAAGCAAUCUGAAACUAUCGUUUCAUAUUUCUCCGGGUUUGUUUUUGGCUUAGGCCUGCUCAUUUCCGGCAUGGGCUCUCCCGGUAAUACACUCGGUUUCCUUGCCGCUAUCCCUCCUAAAUUCAAUCCCUCUCUCAUCAUGGUGGUUCUUUUUGGCAUUGUUCCCAACCUUGUUGAAAUUCUUCGCAAGCCUCUUGUUAAGACUCAGGAAUAUCCCACAGCAGUCGAAAACUUUGAUCUGCCCACAAAAACCCAAGUCGAUGCAAAGCUCGUUGCUGGCGCCGCCCUCUUUGGCGUCGGUUGGGGUCUUUCGGGUAUUUGCCCGGGCCCUGGAAUUAUUCUUGCCACCUAUAACGGACUGGACGGUUUGUACUGGCUUGCCGCAUUUUUAACAGGCUACAAGCUUAUGAAAUCCGCUAACACUUGUUAA